AGGGAAGUCGUUGUUGAUCCCUCCACCCAUACGGAACCCCCUCCUCUUCCUGAUGUUUGGAAGGACCCUAACAUAAUUUGAGCCAAUAGAAAUGAAACACUAAAGGACACAGAGAGGGUCUGUAUAUAAGGCACCGUCCACUGUAUACCUGGUCCCUGUUGACAGUAUACGUGUCUUGCAGCUACAAUUGUGUUAUCCAUUGGCCAUAGACAUGGUGCGCUUGGUCCUCUUUAUCUUUCUGGUGCUUUUUAUUUCCUUGGUCCAAGAAACAUCUUGCCGCCCAUCUCGUACCAGAAAGGCUGUGCCAGGUCAACAGACAGAAGAUGACGACGUCAAAUCCCAGUUAGAAAAGCUCUGGCAAGAGGUCAACUCCUUAAAGGAAAUCCAGGCUUUGCAGACAGUUUGUCUGCGAGGGAUCAAAGCCGUCGGAAAGUGCUAUCUCACUAUCGAGGAACCAAAGCACUACCACGAAGCAAACGAAGACUGCAUCGCACAGGGGGGCACCCUUGCGACGCCUCGAGACGUGAACGAAAACAACGAGCUGAAAGACUAUGCAAAGCGGAGUUCUCCGGGUUCCAAGGACUUUUGGAUUGGAGUAGCUGACAUUGUGAAAGAGGGCCAGUAUGUUGAUGUCAACAGUAUGCCCAUCAGCUUCUGGAACUGGGACCGCUCCAAGAAGCAACCCACAGGAACCAAGAGGGAGAGCUGUGUUGUUCUGUCAGUGGCUGCACAAGGAAAGUGGUAUGAUGAGGUCUGCCGCAGCCAGAAAAAAUACAUUUGUGAAUAUCUUAUUCCAUAAAUUAGUUUAGCUCUGGAAGGGACCUGAAUGGCUGUUGACCCUGAAGGUAAUUUGUGCUGGUCAUUAUUAAAGACAUUCUCUUUUGUUUAUAUUAUCCAAUGCAGCUUUCCCCAAAAUUGUCAUAAUUACUCCUACAGUUAAUCUUAAAUUAUCUCACAAUUUACCUGGAUUUUGCUAUACUUGUUUAUGAUGUCUAAUGUAUAAAUAAACAAAAAAGAUCAUAGCAAAGUAUGUAGUACAACUGUGGCCAUUAAUAUAUAAUCAAAAGAACAACCAUUUGAUACAUAUCCAUUGUGUUCUGAUAAAUAAGGUACAAGUAAGGCGCAAGAAGAAGAAUACUGUAUUGUCUCAUUAUGAUUGCAAGGAUACAUCUGGAAUGUGUCUAAUGAGUGAAAAGUCACCUCAAGUAUGCAAAGAGAAGUAACAUAUGCCAAAUAAAUAAAGUCGAUAAAUAAAAACCUCACAA